GUGGCCUCCUCGCAGGAGGAGUAAAUAGAGCUUUUGCACGCUUGUGCGCGACUCUGAGAAUCACAGCGUCUCUGCACACCGGUACCGGCACGUCUGCACCGGCACAGCACAGCCCCGAAACCUGUGGAGCAGUCGGGACGGCUUGUUUGCAAUAUUCCGAUUGUCCAACACGGCUGAUGUACGAGUGGUCGCGGUGUUUGUCACGCCAUUGUCGUGCCCUCCUUCUUUCUCACUCACGGAGAGUGACAGUCAGAUUCAUCUUAACUUGCUGCUACAAAACUCCCUCUGCAAGCCCUUGGGAGGUCUAAGCAACCUCAAAAGGCCUCUGGUGUGAGGUUGGUCCAUGGGAAGCCAAAAGAUGAAGACAUGUUUUGUGCUUCUGGCAGCACUGCUGUUGCCCACAAUCCAACCAUUGUGUCCUGACAAAGAACCAGGACUAAAGCCAUGGAUGCCUGGACAUAGUGAACAUCACCGUGUAGUCAUCGGUUACGGCAGGAAGGUACUCCUCACGACUUCUGCUACCGUCCACUCCAUCGAGAUAAAAAACGGAGGAAAGCUGGUGAUUGCUGACACCAACCGGCCCAUUCUUCUUCGGACAAAACACAUUCUUAUUGGGAACAAAGGAGAACUGCACAUUGGAAGUCCAGCCUGUCCUUUCAAGGGCAACCUGACCAUUUCUCUGUUUGGAAGGUCAGACGACAGUGAUCAGGAGCACAGCUACUUCGGCCGCAAAUACAUUGGCGUGGGUACCGGGGGGACUUUGGAGAUCCACGGUGCGAAGAAGCUGUCGUGGACCUUCCUCAACAAAACCCUCCGCCCUGGAGAAAGCAAGCAAAAUAAGUACCUGUUCGAGAGGAGCUGGGGGAACCGAGGCAUUAUUGUCCAUGUCAUUGAACCCAAGACUGGAGAGGUACUGAGAAAUGACAGGUUUGACACAUAUCGCAGCAAGGAGGAGAGCCAUCGGCUUGCAAAGUAUGUCAAUGAUGUGGAGGUGGGCCUUAUAGUAGCCAUGGUGGUCAGUGAUGAGGGCUCGAACAACUUGGAGGACUCUGCCAAAAAGAGCAUCUCCAGACUUGGCAGCCAGCAUGUUGUCACCUUAGGAUUUAGACAUCCAUGGUCUUUUACAGUCGUGAAAGGAAACCCGUCUUCUGCUGUAGAAGAUCAUGCUGUCUAUCAAGGCACCAAAGCUUCCUCCGAGGCCCGAAGUUCUCAUCUUUUUCAAAUAAGCGAUGCAGAGCAUUUUACCAUAACGGCCAGCAGCCAGUGGAUUCAAGAGGCUGAGUGGACAGAAUGGUUUGACAGGGAUGAUGAGAGAGGUUCUGGUGACUGGGAGAAGCUAACAGAUCUGCGUGAAGCCAAUCCGGAUCGAUUGUGUAACAAUCCACUGGACAUUCAGGCGGAAACCCACGACGGCAUACCUUCUAACCAGACAGGGGAUGUGAUCCACAAAAAUGAUAAGGGUUAUGGUUUUGUCUGCCGCAAUAAGGACCAAACUCAUGGCCUAUGCCACAACUACAGAGUUCGCUUCCUGUGUGGAAAACUAGUUCGUCCCCAAGCAUCCAUUUCCAUUGACAUGACGUCCAACAGCACAAUUCUGGAGCUUGCUGACCAACCAGUUGGCUGGCUACCUGGAGAUCAGGUGGUGGUGGCCAGUACUGACUACACCAUGCAUCAGACGGAGGAGUUUCAUCUACUCUCUUGCCCUGCUUGCACACCCAACCAAGUUAAAGUUCAAGGUAAAGCUGCGUUUAUUCACAUGGGUGAAGAUGUGGACGGCGUCGACAUGAGAGCGGAGGUUGGCCUGUUAAGUCGUAACAUCCUACUCCGUGGUGAGAUGGAGCCCAGUUGUUAUGGCAACGAAGCCUGCAAGUUCUUUGAUUUUGACACCUUUGGAGGACACAUAAAGGUAGAGCGAGGGUUCAAGGCUGCUCAUAUAUCUGGCUUGGAGAUGCAGCACAUGGGUCAACAGACGAUGGGACAUUAUCCCGUCCACUUUCAUAUGGACGGUGACGUGGACCAGAAGGGAGGCUAUGACCCCCCCACCUACGUCAGGGACCUGUCAAUCCACCACUCUUAUUCUCGUUGUGUCACCAUCCAUGCCUCCAAUGGACUUAUGGUCAAAGACGUGGUGGGCUUUGACGUGCUCGGCCAUUGUUUCUUUACCGAGGACGGUCCAGAGGAGAGAAACACAUUCUAUCACUGUCUGGGCCUCAUGGUACGAGCAGGAACUCUACUGCCUUCCGACAGAGACAGUAAAAUGUGCCGCGACAUCACUAACGGAGCCUACCCAGGAUACGUGGCCAACCCUCGGCAGGACUGCAGCGCAACUUCAACUUUCUGGAUUGCCAACCCCAAUAACAACCUCAUCAACUGUGCCGCUGCAGGCUCCGAGGAAACCGGUUUCUGGUUUAUCUUCCACCAUGUACCCACCGGACCCUCGGAAGGGCUAUACUCACCAGGGAAAACAGAACACACACCUAUGGGCCAGUUCACCAAUAACAGAGCCCAUUCCAACUACAGAGCUGGAUUUAUUCUGGAUAAUGGAGUCAAGACAACUCAGGCAAAUGACAAGGACAAGAGACCCUUCCUGUCGCUGAUUGGAUCCAGGUAUGGCCCCCACCAGGAUGCUGACCCUUUCAAACCCAGAGUUCCUGCUCUCAUUAACCAUUUCGUAGCUUACAAGAACCAGGAUCAUGGUGCAUGGCUUAGAGGAGGGGAUGUCUGGCUUGACGACUGCCAAUUUGCAGAUAACGGCAUUGGUCUCACCCUGGCAAGUGGAGGGACGUUUCCGGAUGAUGACGGCUCUCGUCAGCAAGUGAGAAAUUCUGUGUUUGUUGGUGAAAGUGGCAAUCACGGGAUGCAGCUCUCUGACAACAGUGUGUGGGGCCCGGGCGGCGCUGACCUCACUGGCAGGACUCUCCCGCGGGGCAUUGAUUUCCCAAUCCGGGGCAUGCAGAUCUACGAUGGACCCAUCAACGUGCAAAACUGUACGUUUCGUAAAUACGUUGCUCUGGAGGGACGGCACAGUAGUGCUUUUGGUUUUCGACUCAACAACUCGUGGCAGAGUUGCCCCAACAAUAAUGUGACAGACAUCACCUUCGAUCACGUACCUAUGACCUCUCGUGUGUUUUUUGGGGAGCCUGGUCCGUGGUUUAAUAGGAUGCAGAUGGACGGAGACAAGACCACCAUUUUCCACGAUAUUGACGGCUCAGUUAGUGAGUAUCCUGGUGCUUACCUGGUGAAGCAGGACAACUGGCUGGUCCGCCAUCCCGACUGCAUUGAUGUGCCUGACUGGAGGGCUGCCAUCUGCAGUGGCCACUAUGCACAGAUCUACGUCCAGACACGUAACCCUGCCAACCUGAACAUGCACAUAGUGAGAGACGAGUACCCCGAUCGUCCCCUGACCCUAGAGGGCGCUCUGGGAAAGCGAAAACACUAUCAGCAGUUUCAGCCAGUGAUCACCUUGGCAAAAGGCUACACCAUCCACUGGGACCAAGCUGCACCUGCUGAGGUCACCAUCUGGAUCAUCAACUUUAACAAAAAAGACUGGAUCGAUGUAGGCAUCUGCUACCCCCAAGGCACCACUUUUGUCAUCAUCUCUGACAUCCACAAUCGCCUAACAAAACAGACCCGCAAGACCGGAGUCUUCAUGAGGACCAUGCAGCGGGAGAAGAUCAACCAGUCACACCUGACCAGAGGCUAUUACUACUGGGAGGAAGAAUCCGGGCUGCUCUUCCUGAAAGUGCAGGCUCAUAAUGACAGGGAUCAGUUUGCCUUCUGCUCCCUCAAAGGAUGUGAGAGGGUGAAGAUCACGGCUGUCAUCCCUAAAGGAAGUCCACCCAGCAACUGCAUGGCUCGGGCCUAUCCAAGACACGCCGAGCUGCCUGUUGUGGAUGUUCCGAUGCCCAGGAAGAUCCCCAAUGACAAACUGCACUCAGCAGAGCACUUACUGGAGGUUAAAAUGGAGUCCUAUAAUACUCGCUUCUUUCACAUCAAGGAGGACUUUGCUUUUACUGAGGUCAAUGGGAGGAAGUUGUACCAAGCAGAAGAUGGUGUGCAGCUGACGGUCAUUGAUGGGAAUCAUGGGAAGGUGGUAGAGAGCAAGGCCUUCAGGAACACGAUCCUCCAGGGUGUCCCUGCCCAACUAGACAACUACAUCAGUGGACUGAAAGAUGGUUCAAUUGUUCUCAUGACGUCGAAAGGCCGCCUAGUGACAAAAGGACCGUGGACCAAAGUGCUGGAGCGACUUGGAGCCUCCGCAAACAUCAAACUGAAAGAUAAGUUGACUUUUGUUGGGUUCAAGGGCUCCUUUCGCCCUGACUGGGUUCGAAUGGAAGUGGACCCCAACAGCGCCAAGAUCCACCAGGUCCUUCCCAUCCCUGUGGUCCACAAGAUGAAGCUAUGAGUGGCAAAAAUAACUACAAAGAGACUAUGUUGGCCCUAUAUACCCAUAAAAAUUACACGCAUAUAAUACACUUGUGUAGAAAGCACUGCAGACUGAACUGCUUCACCACCUGGUGUGUUAUGAGUUUGGAUGUUUUGGGAAUGAAGAACAAUGUCCACCAUGAUUCCACACUUGUGUAAAAAUGAGGACACGCCAUUCCGUUCAAAUGUUGUCACGAGACUCAGACUCUUGGGUUGUGCCAAAAUGUGUUUUGCUUGAUGACGGCUAUGUUGUUUUACCAAUCUUGCUUACAUUGCACACGUGCUAGUCAAUUCCUUAAAACUGUGUACAAAGUUUCCUGAUGAUUUGGGGCAAGGUGCCCUAAAUUUACAGUCCAGCACAUAUGUCAAGUCAAGUGGUCAAAUUUGUCAAUGGGUGUAUUUGUCCAACAAAUAAUCGCAUAGGCAACACAUUAGAGGGGCAUGGUUUGACUCAUUUUCACUCUUUUGUGUGCAUGAAUUCAUGAGGAGAAGAGUUAUGAGUUAUGUUUUCACAUAAUGGUACCUAGACCCUCAUCGGAAGAUAGCAUGAAAGGGACAAUGUACCUUUUCGUAUCUGCAAAAGGUUUGACGCUUAUGUUGUAUCACUAGCACAGUAGUCGUUGUAUACGUUAGCUUUGUAUGGCAAACGGAACAUGUUAGGCAGGUAAAUUUUUCCGUGAAAAUUAUGUUUUCUGUUCAAGGCCUUGAGUCAUGUGUAAGUAGAAUUAGAUACUGGAUUGUGAAAGAAGUUGUUGACUGUUAGAAGUUUCACUCCACUCUAUUUUAAUGACGAUCUUUCCGCAUCAGAGAAGAGUGAAACAAUUCUUGCUUAGGGUUAACCUCACCAUAGAAGAUCCGACAAUUGUAUAGCCUAUUUAGUCGUGGCUCACACAAAAUAGACAAAAUAUUUGUAAUACCCAAAUGUUCGUCACUGGCCCGGCAACGUCUCACUCCACUGUAUCUUAACGACUGUUGUUCUGCAUCACAAAAGAGUGAAACAAGCCUUGGUUGGGGGUGACUUUUCCUUCGAAGAUAAAUACUUCGAUCCAAUACUAUCUUCUCAGAUCUGUCCUUUCUAAUCUUUGAGCAUUAACCGAUAAAGACUGAUUGAUUGAUUUAAUACCCUAAGAAUCCCUAAAAAUGAGUUAUGCCUGCAUGCUUUAUUAUUUAAAAGCAUUUAUGCAGGGCUUGUUUGCUGUUAUUUUUAUCGCAAACUCUCUCGAGGAACUUUGGAUGUCAGACACAAUCUCUGACACAAUUUAAAUACAGUGGGGAAAAUUGUACGUGGGCAUGUUUCCCUGCUGAUUUUGUAAUUUUGUCCUCUUACAAAGUACAGAAUAGUACAUCAUGUUUACUGUGAAUUGAUUUUAAAGUUAAAAAAUGAUUAUGGUAUAUUUGAAUGCGGGAUAUUUUGCAGUGUUUCCCAGAUGACAUGACAUAUAGCGAGUAAAAACAUGAACAAUAAAACAAAUAUGUUAGUGACUGCAAAAAUCAGACCUCAGGUCUCCUUACUAGAUUUGUCGCUCGUCUUUUCUCUGAAAAGGAGAAUCGACAGGGGUCUGAAUACUCGCCAAAUAUAGAAAAGUUGCUAAAUUUGCAACACCCAUUCCUCAUGCCUAUUAUUCUCUGGAAGACCAGGUGCAUAUGAGGUGUGUUAAGUAGCUGAGUUACCAUGCAUACUGUGGCGUUUUAAAGACAAGUCACAUAAAUGUUUCAAAUAUUGAUCUGCAGAGGCGAAUAGGUAGCGUCACAAGUAAAUGAAUGUGAUUGCUUGUAACACAUGCGCAGUUCUACCUGACUACAUGCUUAAAAUUCCAUUCCUUGUUUGCAUCUCACCCAGUGAUUGGUAACUUUUGGAAAGUUUCCCCAAUUGACAUUGUGAUGAUGUUCAUGUUUGUGUGUGUUUGUGAUCCAUCUCUGUGUAUCUAAGUAAGAAGCCCUAAACAAAACAAAAAAAAGGUUUUAUUGUUAAAGAGUCAAAUCCAAUGCAGAAACAUCAAUCUCAAUCUGGUUUGACAAAGGAUCCUCCCUUUGCCGAAAUAGCUGGUCUUUUUUCGGAGGGUGUAGCAGUAUUUCUGUGUUAUGUAUGUUGGAUGUGUUUUUAAAAAAUUAGCAGAUAAGAGAUAUAUUUUAUACUUAUUUAUUGUACAGAACACCAGCAGUCUAAAUUUUUAAGGGGCAUCAUCUGAGUUGCACGGUUGUCACUGUCCUGUGUGUACACUUCAUGAAUGAUAUCAUUCAUUCAACCGCUGUGGUCAGAAGUUUAUGUACACUAUUCUUGGUCAUGAAUGUUACAUGACUUAGGGGCCCUUAAUGAUGGAUUUAAAAUUGUGAGUGGAAUAAAUAAUAGGAUGUCCGUCUUCAAAAACAAUAAUUGUGUGCACAAGUUGAUAUUUAUUUUGGUCAAAAUGAUACAAAUCAUUUAUUGACACAAUGGUUAAGUGUCCCUCGUCUGAUUCUAAACCAGACACUUUUUCUUCUGACAAGUCAGGUUAUUGGACCUCUUUUCUUGGCAGAAUCAGCAGAGAUCAUUUAAGUUAGUUUUCUGGCACUGUGCAUACAGAUUCUAAGCCCAUUCCACAGGCUUAAUUGUGUCUUAGCCCAUUGUGAUGUAUGUGGAUCAUUGUCCUGAUGGAAUAAAACAGAUGGUAGUUUGAAACAUUUCGAGUUAAACUGUGGGCAAAUCCCCAGUACGUGUGUACUACUUGUACCGUAUUUUAAUACAAGUAUAUAUUUUGUUUCUGUGUAAAUAAUAAGCGAUAAUAAAUGAUAAAUAGGUUGUACUUGUAUAGCGCUUUUCUACCUUCAAGGUACUCAAAGCGCUUUGACACUACUUCCACAUUUACCCAUUCACACACUGAUGGAGGGAGCUGCCAUGCAAGGCGCCAACCAGCACCCAUCAGGAGCAAGGGUGAAGUGUCUUGCUCAGGACACAACGGACGUGACGAGGUUGGUACUAGGUGGGAAUUGAACCAGGGACGCUCGGGUUGCGCACGGCCACUCUCCCCACUGUGCCAGAGAUCGUCAUUGAAGAUGUAGUCCUUGCUUGUAAUCAUUGCGGUUCAAAUCAACCAUUAAUGGCCCAGAAUGUACGUAAAGUUAAUUCCCAGGAUGACUUGUUAAUAGUAAACAAAAUGGAUGUGUUAUGUAUAUGACUUGAGUUUGUAAACUGAAUAAAAAUGUAAUGUUUUUCUUUUAUGACUUUUGUACAGAAAUAAAAAAUACUGAACAAUUUG